AUGGGCUCGACGUCAGGACUAACACUGAUUCCUUGGGAUCCGCUGUCGGAGCCUCAUAAAUUACUGCUCUUCAACCAGCGAGUGGAAUGCACUUGGGAUAUGGAGAAAGUCCAAGACAUAUGGAAAAAUGCGCAAAUUAGAGGCGAGAAAUGUAUCUAUUGGAUUGUGAGUUUUGCGCAUCAACACACCCCGGCCCCCUCUUCUACUGGCUUUGUGGAAGGGGCACACGAUGCGCUGAUUGAUACAGCCGUGUCCAUUAAUGCAGCAACACGCCAACCAACACAAGCGGAGUUCAUUCCAAUUGGUCACAUUGCUUUGGACUCGAAGAAUCAAAAGGCCAAGAAAAUAGACCUCGAUAUUCCGGCCGUCAAAGUAUUCUGGAUUACGUCCUUCUUUGUUCUACCUCAUCACCGGGGCCAAGGAAUUGGACGAGCAGCCAUGGAUGAAAUUGAGAGAAUUGCCAUUCAAGAACCUCUAUGCGCUAAGACUUUGAUGCUGGAUACCGUCGAAGGAAAGGAUCAAUUGAGAGAGGAAUUUGCUAAGGUUACCUAUGGACGGGUUCCGAAGGUUUCGAACCAGGAGUGGUAUGGUAAAAUGGGCUAUAGAUGUCUUAAAAUUGUGCAAAACUACUACGAUGUCCCAGACAAGAAUGGAAAAACGUGGGACACGAAGACCGUAUUUAUGCGGAAGGACCUUGGAUGA